GCAAAACCCAAAACCCUAUAGAUCUUCCCUUACCGAAGUGAUUCCGGGUCAAAUCAGCGAGUUGGGUCAAAAUCGUCAGAAAAAUCACCUGAGAAAAAUGUUUGCAAGGCGGUUCACUUCUGUCUUCAAACGAUCUUCAGCCUCAAGCUCCUCGGAGAAAGCAGGGAAAGAAAAUGGGACGUUGGGGUCUUUUGGUCGGAAGGCAAUGUCUUUUGUCUUGAUUACAGUCACUGGUGGUGUUGCUUUGAGUGCUCUCGACGACCUUUCUAUCUAUCGCGGUUGUAGCAGUAAAGCCAUGGAGAAGGUGAUGAGGAAUAAGGCUAUGACCGAAGCCAUUGGAGAGCCAAUUGAAAAAGGACCAUGGUAUAAUGCAUCACUAGCCGUUUCUCAGCAAAGACGCACAGUGUCUUGUUCCUUUCCUGUGGUUGGCCCACAAGGCACCGGAAUCUUGCAUCUCAAAGCUGUUCGCAAUGGAGAAGAUAGCUUGUUUGGGUUUCUACAGCAAAGGGACUGGGACAUUCUGAUAAUGGACGCACUUGUCCACGUCCCUUCAAACGAGGGCCCCCAACAGACCUUGAGAAUCGACAUCUCUGACUAUCUCCCUCCUUCGGCUGCUACAGACGACAAACCUUCCGAACCAGAAAAGCCAGAGAAGAGCUAAGAAGUUGAAGAAUACUACACCUAAGCUUUGUGGAGCUCCUGGCUAGAGUUUAUUCCAUUCCAAUCAUACCAACAGUUACCUUUGAAUUUUAUUUAAUUAUUACUUACAAAUAAAACAAAACAUCCGUUUUGGUACUAUACAAAAAGUUCAAUACAUGAUUGGUAAACUAGACCAGUUAGUAGUUUGAGCAUAGCAUUGAUUUGAGUUAAAUAUGAAAAGGGCCACUUGUCAUUAUUAAUCUCUGUGGGUUGCUGAUACUUUAGAUACAACAAGAUUCUGAAAAAGAAAAACUCAUCUCUAUAAACCUGGAGAAGCUACAUUUUUGAUACCAGUACAACAACAAAACAUAAAUCAUUUCUUUGUCCGUAUAAUAAGAAUAAUAAAAAAGAAAAGAUAUAUCUCAAACCAUAAACAACAUAUGUGAUCGUCUCAUUUUACUGUGUCUUAUCUCUCUGUUCACUUUUCCAUGAAUUCUUAGCUGCAUCUACCGAAAUGGUCGUCCCUCCUCCAUUGGCUUCGUUACUGCUAUCUUCUCCAGGCUUCGGUUUCGAGAAGAAGGGGUCCCACACGUGUCCCCCAGCUUCCCGUUGGCCUUCCUCAAGCAACGCAUACUUCCAGCUGUUCUCUUCCACGAAGUUGUCAUACUCGGUCCGACCUUCAAUCAUGUUCUUCCUUAACCGAGUCACCUUGUCUAUUAUGGCCUCUACCGAGACAUCAAAUGCAUCCUUGAGUGUCUCCAGUUCUGAUCUCGGGUCUGCGUAGAUCAGCCCCGGGAUGAGGUUUAUGACAUUCUCUCUCAUGAUCUUGACCUGCUCUGGAGGAAUCUGGAGGAGUCGUUCCUCUAUGCUCAUGUUUCUCUUCCGGAUAUCAUCCUCGGGGAUGAAAACCGAGUAGGUUGUGUAGUUCUUGGGUAGAUGCCACGUGUACUGAGUGUAGGCUGAUCCAGGGUGGAAGAAGACUGGUAUGCAACCGGCAAGCAUCGAGUCAAAAGCUGAUCGUCGAGUGUAAGAGUCUCCCUGUGGCUGGAGACAGAAGAGAGAGCCUUGAAACAUUUGCAUAAUGCUGCUCGGUGCAUGACACUUGCUCUCCCCAAAAUCACAUUCCAGUAGCUUCCCAACGUUUGAGUUUCUGCAUUGCUCAAUGAUCUGCCCUCUGAUGGAUUUCGGGUUAUCGGGUCGUGGGGCUCCUGCAAACGAGAAAAGCCACUUCCUGUCAAGGUUCCUCAUCCUCUCUUGCCACUCAAACACCUCAGAGUCCUUAGCUGGAUGAAAGUAGGUUGGGUAAGGGAUCCCAAAGUCGUUAGCGUUCCAAGGACUAGACUCAACCACAAGCAUAGACAUGUUUUUGGCAGCUGGUAAGAAGAGAAGCUUGUUCCCCCAAUCAGUCUCUUGUUCAGACAACCUCCUGAAGUCCCAAGUGAUCCUACCGGCCACAAGGAAAUGAUCUUUACCUCUCAUGAUCUCCCACUCAGGGCGCUUCAUGAGCCAAUCAACCAACUCAAGAGAAGCAGCAUCCCUGGUAGAGAUAUUAUAUCCCCAGAGAUACCUAGCAACGUCGAAGCCAGCAUAAAAAGGCACAAAGAUAGCAGCAGCGAGGGAAGAAUCAUUAGUCAAACAUUUGUACUGCUUCAUCCUGUUGCUGAAGAUGACGUCAACAGCGAACUGAUUGGUAGCGUACCAGCCUUGAUCAGAGAAGACGCCUUCAACAUUCUCAAGAGGAGGGCCAAGGCCAGCGUUGGUAGUGAACUUGCACAUGUUGGUCCAGAGACUAAGCUUCUUACAGUCUCUAAGCAUAUCUUCAUUAAACCUGGAGGGAAGAUCGUGGACAUAAAUGUACUUCCCUCCACAGGGAUCACUCUUGUUCUCUGCUGUCUUCAACGCUCUUACAAAAGGAAACUCCUGUUUCUCCUCCUCGAUGACAGGUGGCUUAAAAGUGGCUACUGGAGCAGGAGGAGGGAGUAUUGGUUUAACUAAAGGCUCUUUCUCUUUGGGAGGCUGGAGAGGGAACUUAUCUACUCGAAGAGAGAUUGGUGAUGAUGAUGAUGAUGGUUGAGGCUGUUCAUAGCUAGGUUGAAGGUGGAUCUGUUUCUCGAUGUUACUGCUGCUCCCUAUGACAGAGAAAUGGAAGUAGAAGAGGAGUGCCCAGAAGAAGAGUGAUAAAGACACCAACAAAUAGAUUCGAUUGGUUUGAUUCUUCCCGUUGCCUUUCUCCGUUGGCUCUGUAGGAGCAGCUUCUGCUGAGCGACGCCUCAUCGUAACCCUCGGAGUCAUGCAGAGUCUUUCAAGAUCACAACAUUGAUGAUACUUCCCAAAUCCUUAAGAGGUUCUAUGAAGCUAGAUCGAAGCUCAGAAGCAGAGGAAAAAGAACACCAAGUUAAGAACCGACAAGGAUCCGCGAGAUACGGAGCAAAGUAAAAGAGGUUUUUGAUUCUUCAGGCAAAGAAUUUAAGAUCUAGAGAUGGUCUGAAAGGGAAGAAGACUUGUUUUCAGAUCGAUGAGAGAGAUAAAAAGAAAAAAGAAAAACAGAGUAUUUAAUGUGAAUUUGAGAGCGCACGUUAGUCGGACGGCUAAAUCUACGCCGUAAGUUCUUCUUCUACUUGUCGGUGACCAGUGGGACCUUGCCA